AUGGCUGAUGAGGGCCAAGGUCAAGAAAAAGAAGCCGACAAGAAGAUUGUACAUGUCUAUCCGCUUGUCAAGCAUUCCGAUAUGAACGAAGAAAUGCGAAUUGAGGCCAUCGAAUUAAGUAUGACGGCUUGCGAGAAAUAUUCGACCAACUACGAGCAAGCAGCGCGCGUUAUUAAAGAGACCAUGGAUAAGAAAUUUGGAAUUUACUGGCAUGUGGUGGUAGGCGAAGGCUUCGGUUUCGAAGUGACUUAUGAAACGAAAAAUAUUUUAUAUUUAUUUUUUGCUGGCAAUCUAGCCAUACUGCUUUGGAAGUGCUCUUAA